AUGACCAUCACUCGCGCGUCGUCCAGCUCCGCACGGCCUCAUGCGUUUCUCUCCCCUAUAGACGGCCCAGUGCGCCGGCUUUCUGGAUUCUCCGUCUCAGAUCAGAGCGACAAUGGGGUUGGGAACGGAGGAGCCGAUCCGCACCCGGCCGUGGCUGAAGAGAUCAAUGAAAUAAAGCGCUACGAGGAUUUCUCUACCAUUGACUGGGUCCAAGAUGCCAUCCAAGAACAGUCCCGUCGCCGCGCCCGCCGAAGAGAAGGCCAUGGCUUCUGGGAUCAAGAGGGAACGUUUGGCUGGCGCCGCAAGCUGUGGGAAUCCUACGAUGCGGGUCAAGCCUGGCUAGUUGUGACCCUCGUCGGCGCGGCAAUCGGGCUCAACGCUGCGUUCUUGAACAUCGUGACCGAGUGGUUGUCUGAUAUUAAGUUGGGAUAUUGCACCACGGCUUUUUAUCUGAAUGAGCAGUUUUGUUGCUGGGGCGCGGAAGAUGUAUAUUUCCUUUUCGCGAUCCUUUUCGCUUUCACGUCGGCUUUUCUAGUCAAAUCAUUCUCGCCCUACGCCGCAGGUUCUGGUAUCUCCGAAAUCAAGUGCAUUAUAGCAGGGUUUGUGAUGAAGGGCUUCUUAGGCGCAACCACCCUCUUUAUUAAAUCAAUAGGCCUGCCGCUUUCAAUCGCCUCCGGGCUCUCUGUGGGAAAGGAAGGGCCAAGCGUGCAUUACGCCGUGUGCACAGGAAAUGUCAUUUCGCGGUUUUUUAACAAAUACCGGCUGAAUGCCGCGAAAACAAGGGAAAUAUUGACUGCUUCUGCCGGUACAGGUGUUGCAGUGGCUUUCGGUAGCCCAAUUGGUGGAGUACUGUUCUCUCUCGAGGAGAUGUCGACCUAUUUUCCCCUAAAAACUCUUUGGCGAAGCUACUUCUGCGCUUUGAUUGCAACCGGUGUCUUAGCAGCCAUGAAUCCCUUUAGGACUGGUCAACUAGUCAUGUUUCAAGUCAAGUACGAUCGUACAUGGCAUUUCUUUGAGCUGAUAUUCUUCGUCAUUCUGGGAGUCUUCGGGGGAUUGUAUGGUGCGUUGGUGAUCAAAUGGAACCUACGAGUAGCAGCUUUUCGAAAGAAGUAUUUGGGACCAUAUCCUGUGACCGAGUCUGUCGUUCUGGCUGGGUUGACUGCACUUCUAUGCUACCCCAAUAUCUUUCUAAGAAUCAACAUGACACAAAUGAUGGAGGUGCUUUUUCGAGAAUGUGAAGGCGACAAUAACUACGAAGGCAUCUGCGACACUCAAAAUCGCUGGCCGAUGGUGUUCUCACUCCUUAUUGCUACGAUUCUUCGCGUCCUCCUGGUCAUCAUUUCGUACGGAUGUAAGGUUCCGGCCGGCAUCUUUGUUCCAUCGAUGGCAAUUGGGGCAUCCUUUGGAAGAAUGGUUGGAAUUCUCGUGCAAGCUCUGCAUGAAUCAUUUCCAGACUCCAAUUUCUUCGCUGCCUGCGAACCCGAUGUUCCCUGCAUCACACCUGGGACAUAUGCUUUUCUAGGCGCAGCAGCGGCGCUCAGUGGAAUUAUGCAUCUCACUGUUUCUGUCGUUGUUAUAAUGUUCGAAAUUACGGGCGCUUUGGUGUACAUCCUUCCCACUAUGAUUGUUGUUGGCGUUACAAAGGCUGUUAGUGAGCGUUUUGGCAAUGGCGGAAUUGCAGAUCGCAUGAUCUGGUUCAACGGAUUUCCUUUUCUGGACAACAAGGAAGACCAUGUUUUCAAUGUCCCCGUCUCCCGUGUCAUGACCAGCAGCCCUCUUUAUUUACCAGCUUCCGACCUCACCGUGCGCGAAGCAGAACACUUGCUGAACAAUAACAAGUUCCAAGGUUUCCCCAUUGUCGAGGAUCGAGCUAGCAAGGUACUCGUCGGCUACAUUGGCCGUACUGAGCUUCGAUACGCAAUCGAAAAGGCGAGACGCGUGCAACCGCUGGCUCCCAAUGCGAAGUGCAUCUUCACGCACGAAGCUGCUGCAGCUACUACUAGGAUACAAAGUCUUAGGUCCACAUCUACUACGCAUUUGCAAGGCGCGCCUCAAACAUUCGAUGAAUUGGAAAAUACCACCGGUGCUUCAACCGUAGACUUCACUCCGUACGUUCAUCAUACUCCAAUCUCCGUGCACCCUCGUCUUCCCCUGGAAACUGUGAUGGAACUAUUCAAGAAAAUGGGCCCGCGUGUCAUUCUAGUCGAGCAACGCGGCCGCCUGAUGGGUCUAGUCACGGUGAAGGAUUGUCUCAAGUAUCAGUUCAAGGUCGAAGCGCAGGAGAACGCUACCAUAGCAGCAAACGGAUCAAGUCCAACUUGGUCUACUACCAAUGGCAACGGUGAAAACCAAGGAUCUGUUGCCACGCUUGAAGAGAAAGUAUGGUCCUUUCUACAAAAGUUAGGCAAACCAUUACGACUACUCGGGGAUCGAAGUAUAAGGCUUGAGGAGUCUUCUGCGAGGCUUGCGCAUCAGCGGAAUGAUCAUGCUGUAGAUAAUUCUACAGGUGGUAGCCACCAAUCUGGUAUCCCGCAGGGUACCGAGGAGGAUGAUAUGGUCGAACUAGAAGACCAAGAGAGGUAG